GAAAAAUCCCAAAUUCGCGGUUUUCUUUGGGGUUUCGCGGCGCGUUCUUGUGGUGCUGUGCUUGUUAUUGUGUCAACUAAACGGUUGUGGAUUAAUCAAUUUUUCAACAUGGAUCAAAUAUGACGCACCCCAAUUUCCAAACUAACGGGGCUAGUUUAGAAGAUUGCCACACGAAUUUCUUUGCUUUGACCGAGCUCUCCGGCAUAAAAUGGCGUAAACUGACGUGGUCCGAACCGGGGGGCGGCAGUCACGGUCCGGGGGGGCAUCACCAUCACGCCGUGCCGCCCGGCGAACCCUUGGACGACCCGGUGCUGCGCAGUUACGCGCGCUGCCUCGCCGCCGACAUCUUGUGCGUGUGGCGACGGGUGUCGGGGGCGUCUCGGCCGCCCGCGGACGCUUUCGAGCCGCCUCCGCCGCCCGCGCAGCCGCCCCCCUUAAGUUUGGCCAGCGCCAAGGAGCUGUGGAUCUUUUGGUACGGGGAGGAGCCCGACUUGAACGAGUUGGUCGCACCCGAGUUGAAUACGAGCGAUUGCGAACAAGGUUCCUGGGAAAGCGGCCUGUCCUACGAAUGUCGCUCGCUCCUGUUCAAAGCCCUCCACAACCUGAUCGAGCGCUGUCUACUCUCCCGGGACUUUAUCCGUUUGGGAAAAUGGUUCGUGCAGCCGUACGAUUAUCCCGCGCCCCGGUACGACCCGACCGAUCCCGAAAACCAGCCGGGAAUCACUCAGGAGGCGUACGCGGUACCGCCGCCCACCGCCGGCCAUUUGUCCUUUUCCUUCGCCUUUUUCGUGCACGGCGAGAGUUCGGUGUGCGCGAGCGUAGACGUGCGCCAACAUCCGCCGGUGCGCAGGCUCACCAGGUGGCACAUGCAGGAGGCGCAGGCCAGUACCGGCGGCAUCAAAGUAAUUUUGGCCCCCUUUGGAUUGGCGGGCACCCUAACAGGCCAAAGUUUCCGUUCUCCGGAGUCCACCGCCAAAUUCCUGGACGACUGGAGUCAUUUUUACCCUCUGGACAAGAGUUCCUCGCUGACUGAUAGCAGCGUGGUGGAAGUGAUAGUCGGAGGGGCCAAAAUGAGGUACCCCUCUUGCUACGUUUUGGUUACCGAUUUAGACGACAAUGCGAAUCAAAUGUUGGGAUGCACCACCACUAUCACCAAUGCCAAUCUACUAUCAUCACCAAACGAAAGAUUACCAAAAUCAACCUCAAAUAGAACCAUUUCUCCGUUGACGGUACCAACGCCGCCUCCUUCACCCAUUCAAGUCAAUAGUAGAGUACCGCAGCCUGGACCUCAUACGGUUUCCGUGGAAAACAUCAAUAACUUAUCGAAAGAUCAAACGGCCGCGCAGGUUUUGUCCGAACGUACGUGGCAACAGUGCCUUUGUGGCGGUGAUAAGGGCAGCAAGGAGGAGGGAAGUUGGGAGUUUGUCGAACCGACCAGGAAAGUCAAUUGCAGUUGUGUCAAGCCUAGGAAAUACUUAUCCAGCUCAAAGUGGAUUACCUCGAGCAACAGCCUGGGAGCCCCGCCCGGAUCUACGUCGCCCAGGCCUCAAAAAUCCUCAAAAAGUCGCGUGCCUUUUCAUAGACGCUCGCCCACCCCCAAAUCAGAGACGAGUCGCCCCAAAACCUCCCAAACCAGCGGAGGGUCGCAGCCCCAAAACCAAGACUCAAGGACGUGCUUGGGGGGCUCGUAUACCCCACAAGGGGGACCACCGUCGUACCCCCGGACCCAGGAAAGUAUGAUCGUUAAUUCGGUAGGCAGUCCGGCUUCCGUGGCUCCGUCUCCCUUACAAGGGCCACAUUCACAACCUGCAUCGGUACCACCGGCAGACGCGACUAUGCCAACGCUGUCGCCGAACCCGCCGAUUGAUCAGUCGCCGUCGGUCGGCGGCGACAAGUCGCACACGCCGCCGGACAGUGUAAAAGUGCCCCCGAAAAGCGUGGAGAGCCCCUUAAACAGCCCCGCGGGUGCCAAAGGGGACCAGGAAAGUAAAAUCGGGGACCGUAGGGCCGCUGAGGAUCCCGACAAAAUCAACCUGCUGUCGUUGAAGAGGCCCCAGUUGUCUAGUAAAGAAUAUGAAGUGGCUCUGGGGGAAGAAGAGCACACCCUGGACAUGCUCUACGACUAUUCGACGCAAGACGCCUGGCUGAACCAUCCGGUAAAACGGUUUAAACCGGACGAGAACGAGAACAAAUUCAACAAAAAACUGGACCUUUACACAAUGUACCACCAUAACGGCAUCGGGCAAUGCAACGAUAUUUCGAGCGCGAAUCCCGUCAUUAAGACCGAGAUUAAACAGGAACCGAUGUCCGAAAGCGACCUGGCAACGAAACCUCUUCUCCAGCCCCUGCCGCCCCACGGGGUGAAACGACCGGGCGACCCCUACGAGUUCGAGGAGGCGGAAAACCCGAACGUUAAUAAUUGUAAAACGGAUAAUUUCGCGAGGAACGUGCCCAUCAAGGAGGAGCCGAAGGAUAAAAAAGACAAUUUGUUCACCAGCGAGGGACUGCAGCCCUCUUAUAAGGAUUUGGAUCAGAUUUUCGAUAAUUCCGAUUAUACCAGUAGCGACGAGGCGAACUUUCCGCAGAUCCAGAUCCAGACGCCGCCGGGUUCCGCGGGCCCCACCAACCACCACGUGAUCCACCACGACGGGGACCCGGUCGCCGCGAGCGCGACCGCUAAACGUUUGUCGGGUCACGGGGGCCAAACGAACUUGGGAGGGUGCCCCAGCGUCGGGAUCCCGCCGGAGUUGAGCAAAAUGUUCCCGACGCCGCCCAGUUUGGAACACAACCCGAUCGCGUCCCCUUGCGGCCAAAUGGACCUCGUGCAACCGGACUUUAACGAUUUAACGGUGGUGAGGGUGAAACAGGAGAUUUAUCCGAUGAUGGGCAGUCCGCAGGAAGAGAAUAUCGAAGAUUGGAGUUACGUAUUUAAACCACCACCCGCCUGCAAACUGGUGGGUAGCAGCAAAUACGCGCCUCUAACCAACCUGCCGAGUCAAGUGCAACCUAUUCCGUUGCCGCCCAACUGCGUCUAUAAACCGUCUUGGGUGCAACACAUGGAAAACAAUAAGAAUCUCCGGGAAAAUACCAACAGCGGCAGUAGUAACGCGAAUCCAUUGACCAGCAACCGAAAUCGAGCUCCGACACCGUCGAUACCGAAUAACGUGCACCAAACCGCCGGCAUUUUCCCCGCUAGUCCUUUGCAUCCGCAUCCACCCGGUUUCCGGCCGCCUCCGCCUCCGUACGAGCUUCCCUCGCCAGCAAACUCCACCACAUCUUCCUAUUUAAAUAAGAACAUCAAUUCCGUGGAGCCGGUACCGACGCCGCAGCCCCACCACCGCACUCCGGAGGCCUCUUCUUUGGUACUUAACAUCCUCCUCACCGAUACCGCCUUCAAUAUAUUCAGGGACCACAACUUUGACAGUUGUACUUUGUGUGUGUGCAAUGCCGGACCAAAGGUCGUAGGUAAUAUACGAGGCGCAGACUCCGGUAUAUACUUGCUAAAUUCGCACAGCGAUAAAUUGCACGCGAGCGCGCAACCAACUAGUCCUUACCCGGGUAUGGGCGGACAACCGCCGCCCUACGGCGGAGGUAUGAUGUCGCCCCAACAGCAGCAACACCACGUAGGAGGAAUGGACGAGGACCAGAUCCGGUGCAGUUGUGGCUUUUCCGCCGUCGUUAAUCGACGGUUGGCUUACGGGAGCGGAUUGUUUUAUGAAGACGAAAUGGAGAUUACUGGUAUAGCAGAAGACCCCGGCGAACGUAAAAAGUCCUCGCUAGUAUCGCUUCUAACUUCGUUGUCGUGCCUCAAGCCGGACACGACGAUAGACCGCGACCAACUCGACAAUUUACCUCACUAUUUGCUGGACAUGAUCCGUGACCAGUUAGUGUUCGUGCCGAGUACCGCGAACGCCCUUUGCCGGGCGGCACGGUACGUGAAACAGGCGCGGACGGGAGUUUACGCCAAUCCGAUUCACGUGCUGGAGUACGCGGAUAGUAACGAGGUGACCACCAUCGCCUUGGAGCAGAGCAAGAGUUUAUUGGAUAAUCUGGGCAUGUGCAAGUUGGAUCACGACAAACAGACAAAAUCGAGCGCGUCGGUAGGCGUGCACCGAUGGCCGUACCUGCGCGCCCCCGGGCCCCAAUGCAACCAGGACGUGGUGCGCGUGAUGAAGUGCCUGCAGCCCCUACUGCAGGACGCGAUCCAGAAAAAGUGUCAGACGCGUUUAUGGGAGGCGCCGUCGGCCGUCAAGGGGCCGCUCACCUGGCGACAAUUUCACCGGUUGGCCGGCAGAGGGACGGACGACCGAUGCGAACCGCAACCGAUACCCUCGGUGAUAGUCGGACACGACAAAGAUUGGCUGUGUUUAUCCCCGUAUGCGUUACAGCAGUGGGAGAGUUUGAUGUUGGAACCGUAUUCGUAUUCGAGGGACGUCGCUUACGUGGUCGUGGCGCCCGAUAACGACGCUAUUUUACCGAGAGUUAAGACGUUCUUUAAGGAAUUAUCGACCGCCUACGAGAUUUGCAAACUGGGCAGACACAGUCCGAUCACGAAAAUCCUGAGGGACGGAAUCCUGCGGGUGGGCAAAAAAUCAAAAAUGAAAAUCGGCAACGAGCCGGUCGAAGAGUGGUUCACGUUGUUGGGCGAGGGGGAGGCCAGCGACAUGCUCAAGUUGUACGCGCAGGUGUGCAAACACCAUUUGGCGCCCCAUUUGCAACAAGUACCGAUGGACAAAACGCUGUUGGACCCACCGGUGGACAGUAACGCGGUGGAGAGGCCCGCGCCCAGUCCCAUGCCUCCGCCGAAUACGCCGGACCCGAGCAGUGUCGGACCGCAGAGCGUCGGGCCGCCCGACAAACAACCCUCGACGCCUAAAAGUGAUCAAGACGGAGAUGGUGUAAAAGAUACUACGAGUUUCCCAUCGAGUAACUUAGACCCGAACCACGACGACGACGAAAGAGAAGCGCCCUCCGUGGUCGUUUAUUUAAUCGAACCGUUCACGUUGGGGUCCAACCAUCCCGACAUGCAACGACUCGCCGUUUUGGCCCUUAUGCGCUGCUUCCAGAGCGUUUUAACCACCUUACCUGAAAACAUUAGGAAUAACAUUAGUGUACAGAUAAUUUCGUUGGAAAGCAUCGUGGAACUGAACAAAUCGCGGGAAAUGAUGCGACACAGCGACCAAAUGCGCGCCCUGGCGUUGAACAUUUUCUCGCAGUGCAGACGGUUACUGAUCCACUCGAAUAACGUGAAAUCCCUUACGGGAUUCGGUACCGCCGCCACUGCCGAUUUGUUUUUGAAGAACAAAGACGAAAACAACCGGAUUCCCUACAGACUGUACACUCCGCCUUACAUCUUAGCCCCGAUGCGAGAAAAGGUGGAGGCGGCAGAGGCGUUCGGCAAAGGCGCCCAAGACCAAUCUUCCGUACUUUACGUCUCCUACUGCCUCUCCGAGGACCAAAGUUGGCUGUUGGGCGUCUGUACCGACGGCCGCGGCGAAAUCUACGAAACCGUUACCAUUAAUAUCGACAUACCGAACAGGAGCAGACGGAAAAAGGCGUCCGCCAGACGUAUUGGCUUAGAAAAACUGAUGACGUUCAUUUUGGGCGUGAUGUCGCAAAGCGUGAGACCUUGGAGAUUGGUCGUCGGACGAUUGGGAAGGAUCGGUCACGGCGAACUGAAAGGCUGGAGCUGGCUCCUGAGCAAAAAGAACCUCCUGAAGGCGUCGCGGCACCUGAAAGAGAUCUGCAAUCAGUGCUCGAUGCUGUACCCGAGCGCGGUGCCGUGCAUCCUCUCCGCCUGUCUGGUCAGUCUCGAGCCGGACUCGUGUUUGAGACUGAUGCCCGAUCAGUUCACGCCCGACGAGAGGUUCAGUCAGGCGAGCGUCAACUCGCAACUGUCCACGCCGCAGGACGUUUCUUGCACGCAUAUCUUGGUGUUUCCUACUAGCGCCACCACUCAGUCUUCGCAAACGGCUUUUCAGGAAACGCACAUAUCCGGUGACCUGGGCGACGACGAACUGUUCAAAGCGUUCGACGACGACAUGACCGAGGGAAUGGACAAUGAAUUCAACGACAUUUUCAAUUGGGACCAGAUCGGGUGUCAAUCGCCGACCGGAAGUCCCCGAAGAGAGGACGCGGUUGGCGGAAGUCCCGGCGGAGGCGUUUCCGGCGGCAUGGAUGGGGGACCGGGGCUGCCCAGCGGGGCACCGAAAGGUCAAGAACCUAGCGAGGAGGUUGGAGUUGUUCUUCAACAGCCGCUCGCGUUGGGUUACCUGGUAUCUACCGCCCCGACCGGCCGCAUGCCCCGUUGGUUCUGGACGGCGUGUCCGCACCUCGAGGGCGUGUGUCCCGCGUUUUUGAAGAACGCCCUUCACCUGCACAGUCCGAACAUCCAGCAGAGCAGCGACGACCUGUUCCAGCAGAAUGCGCAGGUCAGCAGCCACCCGUUGGACUCUCAGUAUACCACGGACGUUUUAAGAUACGUUCUGGAAGGUUACAACGCCCUCUCGUGGCUCGCCCUCGAUCCGAACACCAAGGACCGACUGUCCUGUCUACCGAUUCACAUUCAGGUUUUGGUGCAACUUUACCAUACCGCGGCCGCCCUCUUGUAAAACCCUCGUGGCGUCCAGGCAGUCGCGUUUACCAAAAUUAGGCCAAUUUGUACAUUAAAAUCGCAUAUAAUUUAUUAUUAUUAUUAUUAUUAUUAAUUUUUACCUUCCGUGUUUUGUUGUUUCGUUUUUUUAUGUUUUUUUUUUAAUUUUCGUGUCUGCGGCGGCGCGACACUGGCCCCGCGCUCGAACUACAAAAAUACUCGAAGCGUUGUUGAUAUUUUUAGAUAAAGUAAAUUACAUGUUGUACAUAACGAUGAAUGUUCGUUCGUGUGUGGCUCUCGUUUUAAUUUGUACAAAGGAAAAUUGUGAUAUAAUUGUAGUCUGUAUAAAACAAACACAAAGAAAAAAGAAAGUGAAAAUCGCCGAAUAUAUAAUAUAUAAAGGUUUUAUAUAAUAUAUUUUUUAAAAAACUGCCACAGUAGUCACAGCGUUUUGCAAGAAGGGGUAAUGGGGGUCGAGGUUUUAACUUUUUAAUUGACUUGUUGUUUGUAAUUGAAUCGACUAAAAUGUCAGGAGGUCUAUUAAGUUUAAAGUUGAACUUUUCACAUUUUAGGUUUCUUACAGGGUAGAGGGUCAAAAGGCGGUGGGCUUGAAUUAAUUUAAAGUUUUUCCUCUUUUGGACAUGUUUCUAAAAACUUGGAUAAAAAUGCAUGGAUUUUUGCGAUUUUUUCAAUGACACGUUCCAAGGAAACUUUUAACAUCCGCGGAUCCCUUAUAGAAAUCUUUGAUAAAAAUGAAUGUGCUGCUUAUGAAAAUUUAGUAAAAAUGGCUUAA